CGGCCGCAUUUGAUUAGUCCGUAGCCCGGGGAGCCUCCUUCUCCCCUGCCCCCUCCCCACCCUGACGCAGUGGUGCAGCCCCCAUUUAAACCGGCCACGUAGCCGCCUCUCUCCCCCAGGCCCCAAGCCUUCUCCGAGCCCGCCUAGCACCGGAGGAGACUCCUGAAGCCCCUGACAGCCCCAGGGACGUCCAGACCAGACCCAGCCCCUGCGUCCUCCACCCCCCGCGGUCAGCUGCGGCCCCCGAACACACCUGGAUUGCUCCACCCUCGUUCGUAACCCUAGGGAAGAAAGGGAGCCUCCGAGAGCGGGGACCAGGGGGCUUCCCUAGUGGGCUGGCACCUGCGAGGAGGAGGAGGAGGGCGGCGGCGGCGGCUAAGGGGCAGUGAGCGGGGCUGCUGCUCCAGGAGGUGACCAUGGCUGGGCUCCAUGAGCUGCGAUUCACCGAAGAGAAGCCGCUGCUCAGAGGGCAAGACACUGAGCUGGAGAACUCUGAUGCCUUCCUCUCAGCUGUGGACACAGAUUGGAAGGAACAUGACAUAGAGACCCCAUAUGGCCUUCUCCAUGUGGUGAUUCGGGGCUCUCCUAAGGGAAACCGCCCUGCCAUCCUUACCUACCAUGAUGUGGGGCUCAACCACAAGCUCUGCUUCAAUGCUUUCUUCAACUUUGAAGACAUGCAGGAGAUCACCAAGCACUUUGUGGUGUGCCACGUGGAUGCCCCUGGGCAGCAGGCGGGGGCAUCACAGUUCCCUCAGGGGUAUCAGUUUCCCUCAAUGGAGCAGCUCGCCGCUAUGGUCCCCAGUGUGAUCCAACACUUCGGGUUCAAGUACGUGAUCGGCAUUGGGGUUGGAGCUGGAGCCUACGUCCUGGCCAAGUUUGCCCUAAUCUUCCCUGACCUUGUGGAGGGCCUGGUGCUCAUGAACAUUGACCCCAAUGGCAAAGGAUGGAUUGACUGGGCAGCCACCAAGCUCUCAGGCCUGACAAGCACUUUACCUGACACAGUUCUUUCUCACCUGUUCAGCCAGGAGGAGCUGGUGAACAACACAGAGUUGGUGCAAAGCUACCGUCAGCAGAUCAGCAAUACGGUGAAUCAGUUCAACCUUCAGCUCUUCUGGAACAUGUACAACAGCCGCAGGGAUCUGGACAUAAACCGGCCCGGGACAGUCCCCAACGCCAAGACCCUUCGCUGCCCAGUGAUGCUCGUGGUUGGGGACAACGCUCCUGCAGAGGAUGGGGUGGUCGAGUGUAACUCCAAGCUGGACCCAACCAAUACCACUUUCCUGAAGAUGGCCGACUCUGGUGGACUUCCCCAGGUCACACAGCCCGGGAAACUGACUGAAGCCUUUAAGUACUUCCUUCAAGGCAUGGGCUACAGGUGGACAGUCCCGAGGUUUGUUCCUUUCUGUCCUGGGGAAGGAACCAGAGCAGUUGCAUACUUGAAGGACCGAAGGCUGAGUGGAGGCGCAGUGCCAUCAGCCGGCAUGACCCGUCUGGCCCGGUCCCGUACAGCCUCUCUCACCAGCGCCAGCUCUGCAGAUGGCUCCCGCCCCCGGGCCUGCACCCACUCGGAAAGCAGUGAGGCCCUAGGCCAGAUCAACCAUACCAUGGAGGUGUCCUGCUGAGGUCCCUGUUGCCUCUCUGGAGAUGCCUCACACUUCCCCCAUCGUCAUCGAAUCACCACCCGACUGCCGUCCCUGUCGCCUGCCCACACUUCUUUGGUUUUAUUUGGGGGGAGGGGGAAGAGGGGUUUACUUCUUUUGUUUUGUUUUGUUUUUUUUUAAAAAAAGGAAAAAAAAAGAGCAAAGAUAACUAUUCCAAGAAGUAGGAGAACCACCUUAAAAAGCCACAGCCCACCAGUCUCCAAAGUGUUCAGGGAGCUGAGUGACCCCAUUUGUCAUCAUCUCCCAGGUCCGAAACCUUUCCCUCCUCCCCGGUGUUUCAGCUGCAGGUAUUUGGGGGCCUCCCUAGGGGAAACUGGGCCCAUUCCUUGGGUGGAGACUGGUCCACCUUAGGACUUUGCCCCUUCAUCUAGCCCACAAAUGUUCCCCCAGGCUGAGGAAGUCACGCACAAGAUGGGGGACCUUUAGUAUCCUCAAGUUUCUGCCUAAUGGUGCCCUCCCAUAUCUGCCUGGGCCAUUGGAUCCAGGAGCCUGGGGAAACAUCCCAUGACACAGGUUUGCUGAGCUGUAUUAAGAUCCGUUUCUCUAGUGUGGUUCUGGUCACACAUUAGUAAAACUUUUCACAAAGAGUCUGUAGAUGUGGGAGAAAGCUCAGCAAAGUCACUUCCUUUUGCCCCUUUGUUUCCUCUCUUCCCACCCCAAUCCUGGACCUUUUCUCAAACUGAGAUUGUUGAACUAUCAGCCCACCCUGGGGCAGUGUUUGGGUCUCCACCAUGCUGAGCAGAAAAGAGGAAAUCUCACCCUAGUUGGGAAAGGCACUGGCCCAAAGAGCCUGGAAUGCAUCGGCAACAGAGGAGUGUUCUGAGAGGAGAUGGUUGAUCCGUCACCCAAAGCCAUCAGGAAAGAGUCCAGGAGCCUUUAUGUCCCUCCCGUGCCCUUCGAGAUAUACAGAUUUUUAAGUCAUGUUGCAUAUAUGACAAUCAGUGAUAACAACCCAAAGUUUGAGUUGCACCUCGCCGCCCUCUUUCCACCUAAGCACACCGCUGGAAGCAUGGCCCCAGGACUCUGUCCCGAGGUUGGUGGGCCCCACUGUGGACACGGUGCCUGGGCUAGCAUGGCAGUAGUUUGUGACUUGGAUAGUUGAGUCCUAUUCCCUGGACAGAUGGGUCCCAGGAUAGGACGUGGAAGUUUCAUUUCUGCCCCAAAAGGGGAUUGGGAUCAAUAGAUGAGAAAGUCUUCAGAGGCCUGGUGGGAGGAGGAGGAGGAGGAGGAGGAGGAAGUGAGCCCUCCCUGCUGAGACCAGACAGAUCCUGCCACCGAGGGGCUUGCUCUCACUUGAGCCUUCUGUCUCCUGCCUUCCCUUUCCCCUAGUUUUCUUUUGGGCUAGGUUGGUGCUGCUGCAUUACUUAACCAUCAUGUCUGAUUCCCCUCAGUUCCGGUAGGAGGAUGCAGCUCGUUCCCGUGUCAGCCCCUUUGGUGAAAUGGGCAUAAGGUCUUAUGUAGAGGGGUGGUGAUGUCAGAGAACAGUAAGCACUGAAAAGAUUACUCUUUUGCCCAGGUCAUACCACGAUUAGGGAGGAUCUUGAGGGAAGGAUCCCGGUGAACAGUCUUUCACCACCUGCCUAAUGAUCAGUUUUGGGCCAGGUGUCCCCUAAGGGACAUGCAGUCUUUGUCUCUGGACAGCUCUUCUCCCCUAUGCUAUUCAGAGACUGAGAAGGCUCUGACCAGGAUUCCACGGAGGUGGAGGAUGGGGUCAGUGUAUGGUAAAGAGACCCUUUUUGUCUUACACCAAGUAGGUCACCCUAGAGUUAUGUCCUCUCAUAGAAGGGCAUCAGGAAGGAUGUGCUUUUUGCACAAGAUGAGUAAUUUUUCUCAAUACCCCUUUAUCCUAUGUCUGGCUAGUGAUAGGACUGUGACGUCUGUCUGCAGCUGGCCCAAGCUCUUGAGGUCAUGACCCCACAUCUUAUCCAAACUCCCAGAGUUGGUCCAGGUGGAUGGCUUGUGUCAUGGAAACAGGAACGGCAAAGGAGUGGUUUCUGAGUGGAAUAAGGAAGGGGGGAGAUGGAGCUUGGUAAUGGGCAGUUUCUUUGCCAGCUCUUGAAGCUGGUGGCCUGAGGUCUCCCUUAGCAGGAGGGCAGCAGAAAGGGGAGCUAAAAACUUAAGCUCGUUUUACUGGAAGCCUAAGGAAAUGACGCUCAGGAUCCCACAAGCCAUUAAGAGUGAGAGGAGACAGGAGACGGUAGUGAAAACAAGAGGGCCUUGGAUCCUGGGGCUCUCCCAUAGUUCUAGGAGAGCCAGGGUUUGUGUGCAUUAGAAAGCACACAGCCAGUUCCACUUUACACACAAUCUGGUUUAAAUAACGUUAAGCCAUCUUCAUAACCAUCCUAGAAACUGCGAGUAUGCUACUUUGUUCCCAGCUCUCCUCCCAUGUGCUUCCUUUGAACAUUAAAUGUGAAUGUUUGAAAAGCUGGUAGAAAUAAUCCUUUUUACUGUAGAUAGUGCUGCAAUUUUCCUUGGGUUUUUGGUGUGUUCUUUAAGACAAGAUAUCUAUAAAUAUCUAUACAUAUUAUAUAUACAUAUAUAUAUAUUGGGUGUCUAUGUGUGGCUAUCUGUUGGAGGUGGUCUGAUUAUAUCUGUUAGUUUGCUUCCUCCCCCCCUCUUUGGUUGAGGUAAAAUUUAAUGGACUUCCUACUUCUCUGUACGGUGAAAAACCUAUUUUUGUGCAUUAUGGUGAUUGAUGCUAAUAUCUGCAUUGAUGCCAUGAGACUCUGAGACGACCACAAAUGUAAAAUGAAUACAAAUCCUUGUUGUAGAAAGAAUUAACUGUGUUGAAAAACUAAUAAACUAAGAAGAGUGUGA